AGUUUCGAUGAGGAACCAUCCCUUAAGGAGGGGGCAAUCCGACUUUCCGUCGCCGCGCCGUCCGUAACUAUACUUGUGGAAGGUCCUGUUUUUUACAUCUUUACACUUUAUUUUAAUACGAAUUUCUCCCUUAAUAAAAAGUGGGUGACCGUUCAUGCUUUGUUAGUCUCAUUGUACUAGAAACACACUUAGUUUUACGCUCGUAUCUUUUGUUAAAGAAAAUAAGCUAGUCUAUUUUACGAAAAUUAUGAAUCUUGUAUAAUUAUUUGGAAAGUCGCCAAUCUACGUCUCACCUAAGUCUGCCAGUUUCCUCUGUUUAUGUUUUUACCAAGAAAUAUUUAUACAACAUGUCACAAAGGAUUUUAUCCUCAACGUACGAAUAAAUUUUUAGUAAAAAUGCAGCGGGUGCUAAGUGCGGAAAUUGGGAAAAGCACUAUGGAGUCCAGCGAAUAUAUCACGAAAAGGUUAUGCUGUAGCAUCAUCCUUACAGUAACAUUUUUUGGAUUGAUCGGAGGAUUCUUCUUAGGAAAGUUUGUGUCGGAAAAGGCAACUUCACAUUACGAAACAGAUUUCUUGGAUUUAACUGGAAGGGUCGAGACACUUAACACAAACUUUCAAAACACAUUCCAUUAUAAUAACGGCACAAAAGCCAAUUUAGAUGAUAUACAAUUCCUUAAAUGUAAUUUUUCUGCUAUAGGAUAUAAUGAGACAGGACGGCUCACAACAUCUAAUUAUCUCAGUAUGUUAAAUAGCUGUUUUGGUAUAGGAUAAGUUUUUAUGUUUGUUAAUUUUCUAAAUAAAGUAAUUUUAUAAAUUAACAA